UUGAUGGGUUGCAGGUCUCGAGUCACUCCGGCGUGUAAGGGCUUCUCUUGGCCGCAGCGUCCGAUGCCGCGCCCCUCCUGGAAACCUGUGCUCAUCCUUGGGGUCCCCAACACCACCUGCCCUCGAUGCUCAGUGGCCCCCAGAUGUCCCAAGACCCCGUCCUCGGUAUACACCGCGCCCAAGUCGCCACCAUCACGUCCACGGUGUACAGGAACUAGGCUUCACACCUGUCCCAGGCCUGCCAGCAAGCGCCUACCACUAUGGACCUGUUGUUUGGGCGCCGGAAGACGCCAGAGGAGCUGCUGCGACAGAACCAGCGGGCCCUGAACCGAGCCAUGAGGGAGCUGGACAGAGAGCGACAAAAACUAGAGACUCAGGAGAAGAAAAUUAUUGCGGACAUCAAAAAGAUGGCCAAGCAGGGCCAGAUGGAUGCUGUACGCAUCAUGGCAAAAGACCUGGUGCGUACCCGGCGCUAUGUGCGCAAGUUUGUGUUGAUGCGGGCCAAUAUCCAGGCUGUCUCUCUCAAGAUACAGACGCUGAAGUCCAACAACUCAAUGGCACAAGCCAUGAAGGGCGUUACCAAGGCCAUGGGCACCAUGAACAGACAGCUAAAAUUACCCCAAAUCCAGAAGAUCAUGAUGGAGUUUGAGCGGCAGGCAGAGAUCAUGGACAUGAAGGAGGAGAUGAUGAAUGAUGCCAUUGACGAUGCCAUGGGCGAUGAGGAAGAUGAAGAAGAGAGCGAUGCUGUUGUGUCCCAGGUCCUGGAUGAGCUGGGAUUGAGCCUGACGGACGAGCUGUCAAACCUUCCCUCCACUGGGGGCUCACUCAGUGUGGCUGCUGGUGGGAAGAAAGCAGAGGCCUCAGCCUCUGCCCUGGCUGACGCUGAUGCAGACCUGGAAGAGCGGCUCAAGAAUCUGCGGCGGGACUAA